AUGGGUUUCCAGUCUUUUCUCGCUAAUCUGAAUGGCCCGGCUAAGGUUGCAACUGUGCAUGUGCCUGAAAGUACUUCGACCGAGAAUGUCAUCCACGAAGGGAGUUUGAAUUAUACCCAGGAGAAGGGAGGCAAUGAUUCAUUGCCGUCUUAUCAAGAGGCAUCUGGUGCUCCAGUCGAAAGGGAGUCUCCGCUCGGAUAUGAAGUCUCGUGGCUCACCGUCAUCCUCCUGAAUGUCGGACAGAUGGUUGGUACUGGAGUAUUCUCUACUCCUGGCUCUAUCCUGAAGAAUCUUGGCUCCGUUGGCCUGAGUCUGUUGUACUGGGUUUUAGGUCUGGUAAUUGCCAUAUCUGGUCUCUCAGUCUACCUCGAGCUUGCAUCGUAUUUCCCCAAUCGAUCGGGUGCGGAGGUCGUAUACCUUGAGCAGGGAUGGCCGAGACCAAAAUACUUUCUUCCAACGGCUUUUGCUGCUUUCAAAGUGCUGUUCUCUUUCAGCAGUAGUAAUGCUAUUGUACUUUCUACCUAUCUGUAUCGCACAGCAGGUAAGACGCCAACAGAAUGGCAGUCUAAAGGCGUAGCAAUUGCAGGAUACACCGUUGCAACCGCAAUUGUCAUUAUCUCCAAUAAAUACUCGCUCUGGUUCGCCAAUGGAAUAUCAGUUGUAAAGCUCCUCACACUGGUUUUCAUCAGUAUAACAGGUUUUGUUGUUUUGGCUGGCGGUAUCUCUGCAGUCCCAGACCCAGGAUUCAAUUUCCGCGAUUCUUUCGCGGGAACCACCAGCGACGCAUAUGGAAUUACUAACGCACUUGUGAGAAUCAACUUCGCGUAUGCUGGAUGGGAGAAUUGCUUCAAUGUCGUUGCCGAGAUCAAGAAACCUAUCAGGACCGUCAGAUGGGCUGGUCCGGCUUCGCUUGCUAUUAUUGCAGUUCUUUACAUGUUUGUUAACCUCGCGUACUUUGCAGCUCUUCCAAACCAGGAAAUCCAGGGGGCAAAUACAAUUGCGGCCAGUCUUUUCUUUGCCAAAGUUUUCGGAAGCGGAAGCGCUGCACGAAGUCUGAAUAUUCUCAUCCUUUUGAGUGCUUUCGGCAACCUUGUCAGCGUACUUAUUGGACAGUCCCGGAUGAUUCGCGAAUGUGGAAGACAAGGUGUUCUACCUUUCCCACGAUUCUGGGCAUCCACUCAACCCUUCGGAACUCCUCUAGGCCCGUAUGCCCUCAAGUAUGCAAUGACUGUCAUCAUGAUUCUUGCGCCGCCCUUUGGUGACGCCUUCAACUUUGCUGUCGAUCUGUCAUCAUAUCCAAGUGCCGUGUUCUCUCUGCUCAUGGCAAUUGGAAUCUACACCAUCCGUCGUCAACGAAAGCGAAUCAACGUCGGCCCAUCAGAGUUUCGCGCCUGGGACAUUGUCGUCGCUUUCUAUAUCGCCGUCCAAGUCUUUUUGCUCGUCAUGCCAUGGCUCCCUCCAAAAGGAGGAAUUUAUGCAGGAAACGUCUCGUUCUUCUACGCAACCGCCAUUCUCACCGGUCUUAGCUUGCUCCUUCUCUGUGCUUUGUACUACUACUUUUGGAUCAAGGUCCUGCCAAAACGUUGCGGUUAUGCUAUUCGACAGGAACUCAUUGUCUUGGAGACUGGCGAGACAACACAUAGCUUGAUCAAUGUGCCCUUGGCGAAACUUCCUGAGUGGGAUAGUGUGCAUGAUGUCACGGGAAAGAAGUAUGCGACGAGUAGUGGAAUGGCUUCUGUAGAAGACAGCGUGAGUGUGGAGAGAACCAACGUGAGGUCUGAGAAGGAGUAG